AUGGCGUACCGAGCUGCUGGUAUCCCAAGCGUUGUCGUCUGCAUGUUUGAACCGACCGUGUUCGACAACUACGUGACGGACAUUGAGCUCGACGGCAAGCCGAUCCAGCUCGCGCUCUGGGACACGGCAGGCCAGGAAGAGUACGAGCGUCUCCGGCCCCUGUCUUACAGCAAGGCGCACAUCAUCCUUAUUGCAUACUCGGUGGACACGCCUGACUCGCUCGACAACGUGACGCAGAAGUGGCACGAUGGAACGAUGUGUACAACGCACGAUGCGUGCACAGCAUCCGGCAGCGAGCAGAGAUCAGCCGGCACAGGCGGCGAUCUGCGCGGCGUCCGCCGUUCCACUGGGGAAUGCGGCGCCAGUGUGCGGGGAUCGACGGCUGGCCAGAUAAACCAGCCUUCCAGACUACCAGCGCCAUUGUCCAUCCCAUGUGCUGUUCGCUGCAUGUCUUGCGACUUGCAAAGCUGCAAAGCUACUUCCAGCCAAGUGCAACAAGCUAACCCUCAGUGGAUCGAGGAAGUCCGAAACAUCUGCGGGUCGUCUAUACCCGUCAUCCUUGUUGCGUGCAAGCGCGACCUGCGCGACAAGGCGAUCGCGAAUGGAACGUACAACCGGGACGAGUUCAUCGAUGAGGCUACGCCCAAUCUGCGAACAAAGGGACCAGGGCGGUGGGUCGUGUGCAUUUCAACAGAGGUGACCCAGGAUUCUGGGUCGCAGAGUCUGGGUCGGGUUCUUGUGGCACAUCCUCCUCCUCCACUCUACCAUUCUCCUCAAUCCUGUCCCCUUCCCCUCUCCUUCUCUCUCUCCACUUGUAAAUCAGCACAGUCUCGCUCCGCUCGCCUCUUAACACCAAGGGCGAUUCGCUCGCUCUGCUCGCUCGUCGCUAACGCCCAGGGCCGCGUCGUAGCCGAGCGUAUCGGCGCCAAGGCGUUCCACGAAACCAGCGCGCUGCUGAACGAGGGCGUGCUCGAGGUCUUCGAGGCCGCAACAAGGGCGGCCAUGACAGUCCGCGAUGCGGGAUACGGCGGGGUGGGCGAGUCAAAGCGCGAGAGGGAGUACAAGCGGCGCGAGAAGGAGGACAGGGGGGUUGGCAAGUGCUGUGUCAUUUGUUAA